UCUUCCUGUGCUGUGGCCGGGGGAGGGGAAGCUGUGUCCGGAUACGUGGUGGGACUUGAGGCGGUCCUAGGGACGCACGCACACAAGGGAUCCGGUAGACGUAUCCCAGCUGCCCCACCACCACCACGACCCUGUAGCAAACUUAAAAAUGGCACCCUCCACCUCUUCUCAACUCCUCUCAGUACUGUUAUUCGCCUUUUGCAUCACCGUGGUCCACUCCCAGUAUGAGAAAUACAGCUUCAGGAGCUUUCCGAGGCAUGAGCUCAUGCCUUUGGACUCGGCGUACAAAUACGCACUGGACCAGUACACCGGGGAGAAAUGGCAGGAGACCGUGGAGUACUUGGAGGUCUCUCUCCGGCUGUACCGGCUGCUGCGGGACAGCGAGGCCUUCUGCAACCUCAACUGCAGCUCCUUGCGGCUGGACGACGAGGAGAAGUUUGCGGAGUUUCCCGAGCUGCGGGUGUUUGGGAACGUCAUGAAGAGGGCGCAGUGCCUGAAGCGGUGCAAGCAGGGGCUGCCCGCUUUCAGACAGACCAUGCCCAGCCGGGACACCGUGGAGGAAUUUGAGAGGAGGGAGCCGUACAGAUACUUGCAGUACGCCUACUUCAAAUCUGACAACCUGGCCAAGGCAGUGUCUGCAGCCCACACCUUCCUGCUGAAGCACCCAAAUGACGAGAUGAUGCAGAAGAACAUGGCCUACUACAGGAGCCUGCCCGGGGCUGACGAACACCUCAAAGACCUGGAGACCAAAUCCUAUGAGACACUGUUUGUACGAGCGGUGAGGGCAUAUAAUGGGGGUAACUACCGUACCUCCGUGUCAGACAUGGAGCUGGCAUUGCGGGACUUCUUCAAGGUCUACGAUGAGUGUUUGGCCGCCUCCGAGGGUGCCAGGGAGGUCAAAGACUUCAAAGACUUCUACCCCUCCAUAGCUGAUCACUACACUGAGGUCUUAGAGAGGAAGGUGAGGUGUGAGAGCGAGCUCACACCUGUCGUAGGAGGCUUCGUCGUGGAGAAGUUUGUGGCCACAAUGUACCACUACCUGCAGUUUGCCUAUUACAAAUUGAACGACCUGAAGAACGCUGUGCCAUGUGUGGCCAGCUACAUGCUGUUUGACCCUAACGACGAAGUCAUGAAGAACAACGUGGCAUAUUACCAGUUCCACAAAGACAAAUGGGGGCUGACAGAGGAGGACUUCAAUCCCAGACCAGAGGCAGUACGGUACUACAACCAGACCACCAUGCAGCUACAAAUGCUGGAGUUCUCCAGACAGCACCUAGUGAGCGACGACGAGGGGGAGGUGGUGGAGUUUAUGGAUGAGUUCCUGGAUGAGGAUGAAUAGCGCACAUUGGGAACUCGGGCUAAACACUGAAGAACAAA